UGCUCUCUCUCGUCCGCUUUCUUACCCCAGAGAAGGUGAACCUUGGUAGGCUCUUCGGAACCGUUUUUUAACUCUCAGCAGAACUCCCCCCCGAAAAAUCCGCAAACAUGACCAGGAAAUUCUUCGUCGGUGGAAACUGGAAGAUGAACGGCGACAAGAAGAGCCUUGGGGAGCUCAUCCACACCAUGAACACAGCCAAGGUUGACCCCAAUGUCGAGGUUGUGUGCGGUGCCCCAGCAAUCUACCUGGACUUCGCCAGGUCCAAGCUGGACCACAAGUUCGGUGUGGCUGCUCAGAACUGCUACAAAGUUCCCAAGGGUGCCUUCACUGGGGAGAUCAGCCCUGCGAUGAUCAAGGACUGCGGUGUUCACUGGGUUAUCCUGGGACACUCUGAGAGGCGCCAUGUCUUCCACGAGAGCGAUGAGCUCAUCGGCCAGAAGACAGCCCACGCUCUGGAGAAUGGCCUCGGUGUGAUCGCCUGCAUCGGUGAGAAGCUGGAUGAGAGAGAGGGCGGUAUCACAGAGAAGGUCGUCUUUGCUCAGACCAAGGUCAUCGCAGACAAUGUAAAGGACUGGAGCAAGGUCGUGCUUGCUUACGAGCCAGUGUGGGCUAUUGGCACCGGCAAGACUGCCUCCCCAGCACAGGCUCAGGAAGUGCACCACAAGCUGAGGGAGUGGCUGAAGACCCACGUGUCUGAGGCUGUUGCCAGCUCUGUGAGGAUCAUCUAUGGAGGAUCUGUGACUGGUGCCACCUGCAAGGAGCUCGGCUCCCAGGCUGAUGUUGAUGGUUUCCUUGUUGGUGGAGCCUCCCUGAAGCCAGAGUUCGUUGAGAUCAUCAACGCCAAGGCAUAAAUACCCGGACAAACUGCGACAAGGCCAUGUCCAGAUCCGAGACCGACUCCAUUCGGACGAUCCAUCAAUCCCUUACACUCAGCACUUAGUCCUCUUCCCCCCUUUAUGUUCAAAGUAUUUGUGUGGUGUCGUUCCCUCCUUUUCCUUUAUUAUUUUGGUAUAUUUCGUCAUGAAAUAAAGGGACAGGUUGACACAUGCACUGUACUGCACUGAAAAGCCCACUGAGAUAGUCUGUGUGCAUACUAACUUCCACACCAGGUGCUCAAGCUGUAAAGACUGAUAAUUACACCUUGAGGUGGACGGGCAGUCCACGCCUUUACUUGAAGAGUUUACCAACUUUUAUGUAAACAGUGUCACGGCUCUUGUCAAUCAGAUGUAAUUGUCUUUUUAAUAUCUGUCUCUUUUGUGUGAUUAUGAUGUUCUGUGGCUUUUUACCUCCCUGUAGACGUGCAUGAUCCGCACCCUGAUUGGCUCUUUCGCCAAGAGGGUAGCGUCCAUUACAUGUUAACCAUAUUGUGUCAUGGCCGAUUGGUACGAGGGUGUGAAGGCUUUAAGGAAACAUUAUAAUAAACAGUCAAGAGAUGG